AAUUUUCGAAGUAUAAGAAAACAAAAAACAAAUUAUAUUUUGUCCAGAAACCAAUACAAUAUUACCAUGUACAUAAAUGUCUGGACAUAAAAAACCGAUUAUUACCGAUUAUUUUGCAGUAAUUACUACGACGGAGUACGAAACCUUUUUUCACAAUCAUGUUUGCAUAUGAUAAUGAUUAAACCUACACUAGUAUGCACUAGUGUGUAAUGUGUCAAGCAGAUAAAGUGUGGGUGAAUUUUAUUUGAUUACUGUCACUCUCUCGUUCUCUGUUAUGAAAGGAAAAGAAUAAUUAAAUCGCGUAAUUAUUCUCUAUCUCUUAAUCUUCACUUUCCUCUUUAAUCAUGACUUACGAAAUGAACGGAGGAACUUUAAACGAUAAAGUGACAGAGGAACAAGAUAAUCUCGCGUCAAAAGAAACAUUGACGAAACGGUUGCAAAUGAAAUCUGAAGAGUUUACGGCAUUACAUCGAGAAUUGGUUCAAUGUAGGUUGCAAAGGGAUCAGUUCAAGUUGAUGACAGAACAAAUGCAAGAAAGAUUUGUACAGUUAAAAAGGCAAAUAAACAAUAUACAGGAGUCAAAAGGAUGUUAUAAUUUUGAGGACUACUUUAAAACAUUAGACCUACUAACAGAGACUCGGGAACAAAAUAAAUGUCUUAAGCUUCAAGUUGAUACGCUAAGACAAAAAUUAGGAGAUGCUCAAGGAGAUGUUAAAGCACUCCGUGCAAAUGGUAAUAGAUCUUAUACAGAGUUGCAAAAUGCUUGUAGCACACCUGCUGUUCACCAAAGGGAAGAGAUGAUAGAACAGUUAGAGAAAUUGAAUGUUAAGUGUACUCAAUUGCAAACAGACUUACAGACAGUUUUAGAUGAGAAGCAUGAAUUAGAAACAGAAAGGGAUGCUUUUAAAUGCAAAGCACAUAGAUUAAACCAUGAAUUAUCAAAAGCAUUAAGUGCAACGAAACCGGUGGACUUAGAUGCUCUUAUCAAUGAGAAUAGAUAUCUUCAAGAACGGUUGCAACAGUUACUGGAGGAGAAGGAAUUAGCAAGACAAUCUCUUUCAAAAUACAAAAGUAUGCUGGAUAGCAAACGGGUAAAAGGAGCCGUGAAACUAGGUGCGAAUACCGCGGCUGGUACGAUUAUGACCCAUAAACAAGUAGAACAAUUGCUACAUCACGACUCCCAUGUACCACUUCAAAAAUCUGCAGCAGCGAUGGCUGACUUGCGAUGUUUAUGUAUAGCUCUGCUGGAAGCGUUAAACGAUAAAACUCUAGCUCUAGCGCAUCAAAAGAAAGCAAACAAAAUAUUGGCAUUGAGAAUAUGCGAAUUAGACAGCGCGGUAGAGUCGCCGACAAUGAAAUUGUUGGAAGGGUACACAAGCGCAAACGUCGACGCAAGAUGCGAGACAGACUUUACCGAACUGGUACAGACAUCUGACUAUACCGCAGAUAAUGUCGAAGGAUGUAGCAUCGUGACGUGCAAUGCCAAUACGGAAGACAAUGUUUCUACUUCGGAAAGUCAAGUUGUGCAACAAUUACAUUCCAUACAAAUGAGUCUUCCGAAAAAUUUGGGAGUUCUAGUCCAGAAAGCAAUAAACAACUUAAAGGAGAGCGACAAAGAAAAAAUCUAAAUUUGCACUUGAAAGUUUCAACCAUGUUGAAUAAUUAUUUGUUUUUUUGUAUAAUUGUUGGUGAACGAAUAUUUUAUUAUGCUGUAUGGUAA